UCUCGAGGCAGAGAGCCGCACGCACCACGCUCUCACUCUCAGCUCCUCCGUCCAAUCGCCGCAGCCGCCGCCGACAACUGUCAUCGCCGUAUACGAAGGUCGCCUCUUCUUCCACGACUCCUUCUUCUUCCUCAGGUCCCUUUGUAUUUCUGGAACUGUUCCGGACGACAUAAGCUGGCAUAUCAUUCCUAGUUGGGGGUUGGAAGAAGAUACUGUAAAACUUCCAUUAAAAGAUAAUCAAUGGAGCUGAAAGUUUCAUCUCCAAAACCAGAAUCUGUUGCACCAUCUGAUUGUGUCAGUGAUCCCGAGGAGAAGGAAGUGAGUGAUGAUGAUGAUGAUGAUCGGAAUCAUAAGCAUCGGAGGCGGGAAGCUCGUUCGCAAUCUUUGGAGAGAGAUGUUUCAGACGCUGUUAUUAGCAGGCCAUUCAGAAAGCGUAACAAAAAUUUUGGGAAUCGGCAUCCUUUCAGGGAAAAUGAAUCUCUAGCCUUUGAAACACUGAAAAAUUACAGUGAUGCCACCGCACAUAAAGAAUUCUAUUCCAAGUUUGAAAGAAUGCGCCCUGGCUUGACUUCAAUUCCUCGAACACCUUUGGAUAUGAGUCAACGACUACGGGCAAACCAAUCAUUUACUGUAGACCCUGGUGCUGGUAGGGGAAGAGGCAGGGAAUCUGGUUUUUGGAAUCAACGUGAAUCUAGGUUCAGCUCAAUUGUUGCUGCUUCCCAAAUGGUUCCGCAGGGGUCCAUUCCACCAAGCCUGUAUACUGGGCGCGGGUUACCAAAUGUUUCCAAUGCACAAAAUGCAUCCUGGAACACAUUUGGUUUACUUCCAGCUGUACCCAAUGGUGGCCUAGAUAUGCUUCAUCCAAUGGGUUUACAAGGAACGCUCAGACCACCUAUUAAUUCAUCUUUAAAUGUGAAUAUUCCACGCCAACGAUGUAGAGAUUUUGAGGAACGAGGAUUUUGCCUUAGAGGGGACAUGUGCCCUAUGGAACAUGGUGUUAAUCGGAUUGUCAUUGAAGAUGUUCAGAGUCUUUCACAGUUCAACCUUCCUGUUUCGCUUCCAAGUGCACACCUAAUUGGAGCACCUGCUGGAUCUGGAUCUCUACAUUCAGUAAAUGCUUCAACCACUUCUAUUAACAAUAAAUGUAUACCUGGAAAAUUUUGCAAGUCUGUAGUCGGUGAUGAUGUUUUGCCCUUGGAUGGUGCGUAUCCUGGUCCUGGUUGCACAAGUGGAGCCGAUCUUUAUGAUCCUGAUCAACCCCUUUGGAAUGAUAGUGGUCUGGAGUCUUCAAAUGCGCUCCUAACUCUUCAGUCAUCCAAGAUUGAUGACACCGAGCCCAUAUCUGGUGACGCUCCAGAUAGUGAUUGCCCAGUCGGGACAACCAGAACUUCUGUCAGUUCACAGGGUGCUAGUUCAUCUGUCUGGGCCAGAAUUGGUAGUUCAAAAAACAGAUUUGACAUGAAAGAAAAAACUAACUCUACAUUGAGUUCCUUUCAUUAUCCUGAGAAUCAAUUAAAGGAAGAUAAUGAUGAAUUAGUUGGUGCUCAUAGUGCUUCCUCUCAAGGAAAGCAAAUUAUAGCAGAUGAUGCUGACCCAAAAGUCUUGGAUGCUCAUUUGAAGGCACAGACUGAUAGUAUGCGUAACAUACGAAAACCAUCACAAAAGGCAUUGCGAACUCUAUUUGUAAAUGGGGUACCUCUGAAAAGUAACAAAAGGGAGGCUCUUCUUGCUCAUUUUAAGAAGUUUGGGGAAGUUAUUGACAUUUAUAUUCCAGUGAACAGCGAACGAGCUUUUGUUCAAUUCUCCAAGAGGGAAGAGGCUGAAGCUGCUUUGAAGGCACCGGAUGCUGUAAUGGGUAAUCGGUUUAUCAAGCUAUGGUGGGCUAAUCGUGAUAGUAUUCGCAAUGAUAGCACUUCAAGUGGGAAUGGUGUAAUUGCAACUCCUCGUGGGCAAGCAUCUGCUUUUGUUCCAUCUCUUCCAGUUGUCACUGAUAGGGGAAAAGAUAUCCAUCAAGCUGAUGCUUCAAAGACUACAUUUGAUGUACCACCACCCUCUGAUCAACCUAAGCCUGUCAUUGCAGAUGGAUCCAAUGUUCCACCUCCUUUGCAAAAGAAGCUUGAAAACUUAGAGCAUCUUAAGGAAGAACUGCGCAAGAAGCAGGAAAUGCUGGACCAAAAGCGUAAUGAGUUCAGGCGCCAGUUGAACAAACUUGAGAAACAGGCUACAGGACUCAAGGGUGAAGUAGAUACCGAGCAAGCUGCCAAAAGACCCAAAACAGCAUCUGAUGUUGCCAAACUGGCUUCUCCUCAAUCGUCUGAUGCUGAUCUUGGUAUGGCAUCUCUGCAUACAGAGACAGCAUCUGAUAAAAACAAACAGUUGGUAAAUACUGUAUCCCAAAGUCCUAAAGCAAGUACAACAAUGAGACUGCAAGAGUCUACAGGCUUGAAGCAGCCAAUUCAACCAUUAGUGCCUGUAAAUAGAUACAAAUUGGACAAUCGUCCAACUGCAUUUAGAAUCACCCCGCCUUUGCCGGCUGGCCUAGCAAAUGUUGCUGUUUUGAAGGAACACUUCUUGCCAUAUGGUGAACUUUCCGCUGUGGAGGUAGAACAUGUGCAAGCUAAUGAUUGUAGCCAAGAAGAGGCACACAUAACUUUCACUACUCGUCGUGCAGCUGAGAGGGCAUUUAGUGAUGGAAAAUGCUGGAAAGACCAUAAUCUGAAAUUCAUGUGGCUGGCGCCUACUAAUUCUAGCAAUGCCACUGGUAGUAGAGAACGUUCUCUAUCUGCUCCCAAGGAGCCCUUAGACACAGAGGACCAUUCUGAAGAAAAAUUGGAAAACUCUGUAAACCAAGAAGCAAUUGUAUCAGAUGGCGAGCUUAAACAUUCUGAAACUAAAAAUGGUUUGGAAAAUAUGGAAAUAGAACCUGGUGAAGAUCUGCAGUCUACCCCAAGGCAAGUUUCUUCUGCCAAACAAUCACCUGAGGGCAAUGUGUGUUGAGGAUCUACUAAUGGUCAGAUUUGUACAGCGAGACUUCUUAUCUUCUUCGACCACGAUAUAGAUCUUUGAUAUAUUCUACAACUCUUCCUACGACGAGCUCUCUGAGGACUUGCCGACGAAAAUCCCGCCCUCGAAAAUGGGCAACGAAACUACUCGUUUGCCGGCAUCAUUGCUUGGGUUCUCUUCGAUCGGUGGUGACGGAGACAACUGAACGUCUAUGGUGAAAGUAGGUCCCACUAGAACCUGCAUCAUUCCUUGUAACCAAUUAGAGUUACAUAGAGAGGGGUUAUCCUUUGUUUGAUGCGAAUUUGUACUAAAAAAAAAAUUAAAGAGAACGACAAGUAGAAUAAGAGAA